AGGGCAGCACUAGCCCUGUGGAGCUGGAUGACUUUGGCCUCAGAACCCCAGAUGAUGCAGCUCUUGGACGCUAAGAGGUUCAUGUGCCCAGAGACAAGUGUCCUUGGAGACUCUCGACUGACACAGGCCUAGGAGCUUAUUAGAAACCCAGCUCUGAAGGGCUCCAGGGAAACAGGUUCACAAACAAAAAUGAAAUGAAUUAGACACUUGAUUUGUGGCCAGAAGGAGCUGGGGAACUCCAGCAUCCCUUCCCCCCUCACCUUCUCUUACCGCAGGUCCCCUAUUUAAGUCUCUCUCUGCCCUACGCACUGAGGGGACGUCCAAGUGGCACAGGAGAAGCAGCAAGAUGGAAAUCAGCAUCGAGGAGGCUCUGAUUGGGGACCCACUGCACUACAAUGCUCUGGAUUCAGAGAUGGACGUCUGCCCCAGCUGCACGGACUGCUGCCCCAGCUGCCCCAGCUGCAGGGACUGCUGCCCAGGUUGCCCCAGCUGCACCAACUGCUGCCCUGGCUGCCCCAGCUGCAAGUCCUGCUGCAGCUGCUGCUGCAGCGCCUGGAAAAGUUUCCUGUGCUGCCUUCCUAAGCUACUCUGCCAUCUGCCCAAGUUCCCCGGCUGCCCCCUGCACAUCAAGAGAAUCCUAAUCAUCGUGGUGGUCAUUGUGCUGAUAGUUGUGGUCGUCCUGGGAGCCCUGCUGCUGGGACUGCAUGUGACCCAGGAACACACUGAGACUGUUUUGCAAAUGACCAUUGAGGGGCUGGAGGGGGAAGAGUCUGGACUGCGGCUCUCCAUGGACUGGGAAGAAGAGGUGGUGACUUUCCUCAUUGAUGCAGGAACCCAUGACCCGGGCACAGUCGUGUAUGACUACAGUAAUCUGCUGAUCAGCUACAAAUCCUGGCAAGGCCAAGCCUGCUACAUCACCAAGAUGGACAAGGAGAACAUUCAGGGCCUGGAUACCAUUGCAAAGGCAUUCCACCAGCAUCUCCAGCUCAAGUCGCUCAUCCUGACCCCCGAGCAGGGUGAGGAGGAGGAGGAGAAAGGGUAUCCUGUGACCUUGGCUGAUCGCUCCAUCCUGAGCACUACAGUUAACAUCCUCUGCAGCAACGUUCCCAUCUACUGGGCAUAGCAAGGGCUCAGGGAGAUUAUGAACAAACAGGAAAAUGAAGGUGAAGAUGACUGAGUUAGCUGCAGAAGCCAAUAUUUUAAGUUUCUCAUGUUGACCUGGCUGACGUAGUCGAUUUAGUUUUUGUUUUUUUAAAUAUUUCACUUAACUAUUUUAGUUAAAAACAAUUUUAACAAAAACAAACCUGAUUUUAAAAAAUUUGAAUGUUUAACUAAAUUCAAAAAUUCUUAUGCUUGUUUUGUUAAAAUAUUAUAUGUUUGCUGUUGAAGAAAAAAUCCACAAUAUGUAACGUUAUUGUUUUAGUUAAAUAAAACAAUUUAAAUGUCUGUCUGGUGAUGUUCUCCUCCUAAUACAGCAUGGCAAGAAAGUUCUCCAAAUAUUAAUGAUUAACCUCUUGAAUUGGAGAUAGUUCACCUCCCAGUGACUUCAUAAAUAUCUGCUUCAAUUACCUUUGGUAAAUGAAAUAACCAAAUAAUCAAUCAUUUUCUGAUAUAGCUGUAAAACUAAUCUGAAAAGUUUUCAGAAUAAAUCACUUAAAAAUGCAUCGUAUGUACCUUCUAAAAAUGAAAGCUACAUCUAUCUCUGAGUUGUGAAGAAUAUGUAUUAAGGUUAUAACAACCAACAAGAAUGCACUUUUAUGUAAAAAUCCAUGAUUAAAUUGAGUCUUCCUGACUAGUGAUUUAAAUAGUGAUUUAAAUAAAUUUGAUUUAAAUCAAAUCCACCCUGCAGGCCGAGCUGAAGCCCCGCAGGAACAGCUGGCAAAUGUUGCAACCUUCAGAGGAAACUAUCCAUUAGGCUGGAACAGUCCUCCCAUAGGCCAACUGAGAGAGUCAGCAGGCAGCUUGCAAGGUUGUACGCCUGCUGCAAGGGGAGUGGAUGCUUCACGUUCACCUUGAGACAAGGAGAUACAAAUCCUCAGCAGUCACACUGGGUGAUAGUGACCUCUUGGAGUCGGAGAUGCUAGCAGGCCCUUUAGCACAGAGCGGAAGUGACUGAUAGAGAGUCCACACUCUGCUGCUCUGGUAGAAGUUAUUGUCUGUGUAUGAAAAUAAGGGGACAUUGUCAAAGACAGCCAGGCCCAAUAGCUGUCCCGUUAAACCAAUGGACAUCUAACUCCCUUUUGUGCCUCUGGAAAUCUCUCCCUAAAAGCAGAAAUGAGGGAGGUAAUGCUAGGGGGCCAUCUGUGGCCAAGCGACACUUACAGCUCAUGAUGUUCACAGGGAUCAUUUUUCACCCCCCAUGUGUUUGCUUUGCGGGAUCCAUCAAGGACGGAGCAUCUCCUGCCUGUCAUUGCUUCCGAGGAGGUCCAAGCAGAAUGGGAACGCUACGUCCUCAGCCAGACCCCCAGCUGUGGCUUUGCUGACUCUGUACCUGUGGGUGAUUAUGGUGCACCUGGCUCUGUGCAGAACUCUCUCGCUGGCCCCAAUUCAGGAAAGCAUGACGCACCUGCUUAAGUUCCCCUACCUUCAAAGGGACUCAAGUGGGUGCUUUGAUGCUUUCCUGAAUCGGGCAGCUUUCCAGAAUCAGGGGAACCCAGUCGGAAGAGCUGUGCCAAUGGGAAGAGGAGUCAGAGGGACUCUGCUAUAAAUAAAUAUACAUGGGCUGAUCUGUUUGCAUUGGAUGCAGCGGGCAUUUGCAAGGGACACUAUAGAAUGAGAGGACUGCUUGCCAUUCUUUUUAGAGAAUAAAAUCUACAGUCCCUCACCAACCCCUCUUAUUUCUCCUUCUGGGUAAUGAGGUACUGUGUCUUCACUUUACAUGACCUCACAGCCUGGUGGGCUAGCACAAUGUGGCCAGAGUAAUGACAGCAGGCACAACUCAUGAGACUAAGGGCUUGUCUACAUAGAGUGUUAGUCCAGAAUAGCUAUUCCUGAUUAACUCAAGCUGUGGAUGCUCUUAUUCCAGCAUAAAAGUGCCUGAGUCCAAAUUAGCUUAAUCCACUUUAUGUGCCUUUGGGCAAUUACAAUGCACCUGGCUCUAUAUAGGAGUCACUUUGUGAACUAAAUGAAUUUGGACUUUUUAAAAAACUACUGUGUCAUGUUGUUCUCCACUGCUAAUUAGUGGAGUUUGUUAGAAAAAAACAAUUGUCAGAAUUUGCUGUUUUGUUGAAAUUGGAACAUUCUACAGGACUGUGUCAAUUCUGACAAAAUCCCAACAGAAACCAAGCAUGUUUCCAAUGGAACUUUGCCUGCCAGACAGGAUUUUGUGAAAAACCUGCCCGGCUCCUUGGCAGACCAUCUAGCAGCAUGCAGUGAACCCAGGCUCCCAGCUCCUCAGCUGCCUGCCUGGUGGGCUGAUGGGAAGCCGGGAGCCUGGAAGUUGCAGGAACUCCAACUCCCAGGCUUGUGACUCCUCACCAGGCAGGACUGUUAGGGUUCCUGGAUCCUCCACCACCCACCAGGUUGUACUACUAUGGAGCUAGGGCUUCAAAGGCUCCCAGGUUCCCCAGCUCUGGGGCAGCCCAUCAGGCUGCGUUAGAGCUCGGUGGAGAUCAGUAAUUCACAGAGAAUUUAAAAAAUGUUGGUUAUCGUUCCGAACCAGAAUUAAACCUGAAAUAGCAAAAUCCUCUGCAAAAUAGAAUUACCGUUCCCCAACCAGCUCUGUUUUACUGUCAUGUUUCACCCUAGAGGUAAAUGUACAGGAGUUGCUAACAAAAAUACUAAUUAAUGCCAAAUUCAAUGAUGGCUUCUGUGAUCUGGACACCUGUCCAUGAGGAACUGGACUAGGACCUUCUAAUUCAUUUCACAAAGGUCACCUGUCAUUUUGAUCUUUUAGCACUCAAGGGAGAAAAGCAAAAUGUAUUUGAGCCUGGUUGCAAUUCAAAUGUAAAUAGCUAUUAUUUACUUUGGACCAAAAAACAUCCUUGAAGAAGCCUUAACGUGGCUUAGAUUGUGCAACACGCAGUAUGCACUGUGAUAAGUGUCUUUAUUUCCUUCUCCUUGUCAGGUUGUUACCUUGAUCAACAUACCCAGGAAAGAUGCAUAAGUAAAUCAGGGCUGUGGAAGUGAUCCCUUGGGUUAGGUUGGAAGGGAACAAAAGAGAAUUGAGAGGAUUGACAUUUGGACAGAAUAAGAAAUCAGGUCCUUCUAAUAUCAUGCAAUUUUAAUAGUGAAGCUAGCAUAAUAAAUCCAUUAUUAACUAUAAAUCCAUUAUUAUAAAUCCAUAAAUCCAGUAUUAACUACCAGCAGGACAAAUAAAUUACACUAUCAGCCCAUUAUCUACAGUUCAAACUGAAUGCUGCUUGGUAAUAUAAUUGCAGAGUAGGUGACCUAAACAUGACAGGCAUUCUGAGAUGAGUUGAAGGAAUUCAAAACAGCACCUGUGGCUGUGUACUCAGCUGCUGUUUUCUAACCCUAUUUUCCACUUGAAUGUGAUUUUUUUAAAACAAAUCUACAUAUGUCCUCUGUAAACACUUAUUCCCUGCUAUGUAUUGGGAUUAUUAUGAUAUUUUCUGUUAUCAUUAAAGAUGCACCCCCCACUCCCCCACCAUUUACUCUAUUUCUUAAGGGGGAAUAAAGAACAGAAUUUCCAUUUAACUCAAGUAUGGUUUAAAAUUAAAGAUAUUGGAUUAUGACAUUUUGUCUCUUGUAGAUAUAAUUGUAAAACUGAAAGCUCUUUAUUUUUGUGUGCUAUAAAACACAUCCAUAUAAUUAAAUCAAGGUUGAAAGUC